AUGGCUAUGAGAAUUAUUUCCCGUAAUUUUAUCAAUCGUUUGCCAAAAAAUACUCAAAAUUUUUCAACUUCCACCAAACUUUAUGCUGCAUCAGUUUUGAACAAAUAUGAGUUCAUCAAAGCAGAAAAAGCCGGUGAGAAACAGAAUGUUGGCCUGGUGACCCUCAACAGACCCAAAGCUCUCAAUGCUCUUUGCCAGCAAUUAAUAACAGAAUUAAAUGACGCCAUGGAAAAGUUUGAUUUAGAUGAAUCAAUAGGAGCUGUUGUUUUAACUGGAAGUGAAAAAGCAUUUGCAGCUGGCGCGGAUAUUAAGGAGAUGGCAAGUAAUACAUUUGCUGGAAACUUAAAGGGAUCAUUUUUACAAAAUUGGAGCGAUAUUUCUAAAAUCAGAAAGCCGAUUAUCGCCGCUGUUAAUGGUUACGCUUUAGGAGGUGGUUGUGAAAUCGCAAUGAUGUGUGAUAUUAUUUAUGCUGGUGAUAAAGCUAAAUUCGGUCAGCCAGAGAUAAUCAUCGGUACAAUCCCGGGAUCUGGAGGCACUCAGAGACUUACCAAAGCUAUUGGAAAAAGUAAAGCUAUGGAAAUGGUUCUGACUGGCAAUCAGAUAACUGCCCAAGAAGCUGAGAAAUUUGGCUUGGUCAGCAAAAUAUUCCCAGCAGAUCAAUUGAUCAACGAAGCAGUUAAACUAGGUGAAAAAAUAGCAGCUAAUUCACAACUAUCAGUGGCUUUAGCUAAAGAAGCUGUUAAUAAAGCAUUCGAAUUGUCACUCCAAGAAGGGCUGAGCUUUGAAAGAAGAAUGUUCCAAGCGACUUUUGCUUUGGACGAUCAAAAAGAGGGUAUGUCAGCAUUUAUUGAGAAACGCCCACCGAAAUUUAAAAAUAAUUAA